GUUCAGCCACACCGAGGUUCACACAACCAACUGUUCAGCUGAGAGCUCCUGUGCCGGGGACUCUUUUGUUUUUGCAGAGAAAGUUUUAAAAGUACAGUGUCUACAAUGAUGAUCAAAUUGUUAAGUGUAGUCCUUUUUGCCGGAUUGUUCUUUGCUUUACAAGCGACCGAUGAACCCAACACCACCCUUCCAGAGGACCAAGCUUUAGAAGCGACGGAUGAAGCCAACACCACCCUUCCAGAGGACGAAGCUUUAGAAGUGACCGAUGAACCCAACACCACCCUUCCAGAGGACGAAGCUUUAGAAGCGACCGAUGACCCCGACUUCCCCCUUACAGAGGACGACGCUUUGAAAGCGACCGAUCAAUACAACACCACCACUCCAGAGGCCCAAGCAAGGCCUUGCUGGACCAAUUGGUUUGACAGAGACAAUCCCAGUGGACAAGGGGACUAUGAACUUCUCUCUAGCCUUCGCAGACAGUACCCAGGACAAAUCUGCCCAAAACCAGGAGCUAUUCAGGCCCAAACUCUAACUGGAAUCAGUGCGGCUGCAGCAGGGGAAAAGAUUUAUAGAAGUGACACAACUACUGGAUUCAUCUGCAGAAACAGAGACCAACCCGACAAGAGGUGUAAAGAUUAUCGUGUUCGUUUCAGCUGCCCUAGCUCUUACUGUGGACCAAACGUGUGCUGGACCAAUUGGUUUGACAGAGACAAUCCCAGUGGAACAGGGGACUGGGAACUUCUCUCUAGUCUUCGCAGACAGUACCCAGGACAAAUCUGCCCAAAACCAGGAGCUAUUCAGGCCCAAACUCUAACUGGAAUCAGUGCGGCUGCAGCAGGGGAAAAGAUUUAUAGAAGUGACACAACUACUGGAUUCAUCUGCAGAAACAGAGACCAACCCGACAAGAGGUGUAAAGAUUAUCGUGUUCGUUUCACCUGCCCUAGCGCUUACUGUGGACCAAACGUGUGCUGGACCAAGUGGUUUGACAGAGACAAUCCCAGUGGAACAGGGGACUGGGAACUUCUCUCUAGUCUUCGCAGACAGUACCCAGGACAAAUCUGCCCAAAUCCAGGAGCUAUUGAGGCCCAAACUCUAACUGGAAUCAGUGUGGCUGCAGCAGGGGAAAAGAUUUAUAGAAAUGACAUAAGUAAUGGAUUCAUCUGCAGAAACAGAGACCAACGCGACAAGAGGUGUCAAGAUUAUCGUGUUCGUUUCACCUGCCCUAGCGCUUACUGUGGAGUAAAAGUGUGCUGGACCAAGUGGUUUGACAGAGACAAUCCCAGUGGAUCAGGGGACUGGGAACUGCUCUCUAGCCUUCGCAAAGAGAACCCAGGAAAAAUCUGCCCAAAUCCAGGAGCUAUUGAGGCCCAAACUCUAACUGGAUUUAGUGCGGCUGCAGCAGGCGAAAGGAUUUAUAGAAGUGACACAACUACUGGAUUCAUCUGCAGAAACAGAGACCAACGCGACAAGAGGUGUCAAGAUUAUCGUGUUCGUUUCAGCUGCCCUAGCUCUUUCUGUAGUAAAUAAUAGAAGGUAAUGUGUGAGCACAUUCAUGUUCAUUGUAAAGCUAGGUGCCGUGACUACAAAGUUUGGGUGCCCAUGCUAGAAAAAAGCCCUGACUCCACAGCAAACACUGCGAUGGAUAAGAAGAGACAACUUUCAAAUUUUGAUCACUUGAAUUUCUGUCUGAUUUUUCUUUCAUGUUAUAUUUUAUUUCUUAUUGUGCCAGGUGGAGAAAGUAUAUUAUACCAUUUUUUCAGCAGACAUUUUAACUGUUCUUUACCAGGGCCUGAAGCUAAAUGGAGCUCAGCCAGAGUUCAUUCUAUGAUUUAAGCUUCUGCUUUUUCCAUGCCAACCAUCUUGUGG